CCAGCAAAUAUAGUCAUCUUGAUAAUGACAAACCACCCCGAGAUUUAAAGCGCCAACGCCGCGAGAAUUGGCCGGAGCUGGAGAAUGCCUUAUAUGAUUGGACAACACGUGUUGAAGGACAGAUAUCUGUAUCUGCAGAGAUCAUACGGCAUAAAGCAGAGAUCUUUUGGGAUUCCAUUUAUCCUGGAAUGGAGAAGCCUACAUUCAGCAAUGGCUGGCUCCAUCGGUUCCAAGCCCGGAGAACUAUCAAAUGGCGUGAGCAGCAUGGAGAAGCUGGUGGUGUCCCAGAGCAGGCAGAGCAAGAAAUGGUGAUGAUUCGGCAGGCUCUGGGUGCUUAUAGCCUCAAGGAUCAGUUUAAUUGUGAUGAAACAGCACUUCUUUGGAAGCAAACUCCAGCCCGAAGCCUCUCAACACGGCAGCUUCCUGGUCGGAAAAGGAGAAAGCAAGGAUCUCUGCUCUAUUCUGCUGCAAUGCAGAUGUCACUGAGAAACUGGAACCAUGGUUUAUUGGAACUGCUCGGAAUCCACAUGCUUUUAGAGCUGCAGGCAUAAAUAUUCGGGAUUUCAAUUUAAUCUGGCGGAGUAAUCAAAAGGCCUGGAUGACUACCCAAAUAUUCAUUGAGUUUCUUCGCUGGUUUGAUCAGCAGCAGAUAUACUAGCAAGUCAACAACCGCUUCAAAAUACACUUAUUA